CGGGGCGGGCCGGGGGCGGGGCCGGGCAGAGCGGCGGGCGGCCAAUUGCGGCGCCGCGGGGAGCGGCUGCGGCGGGGCUGCCGCCCGCGCUUGCAGGGGAGGAUGGAGGCAGAGGGCCGGGUACCGGGGCCGCCGCUCCCCCCGCUUCCCUCCGGCGGCGGCGGGGGAGGGGCCGGGGCCGAGCCCGAGCCCCCCGCUUGCGCCGCCGGCGCGGCCCGGGCGCCGCCGCCCGCCGCGGGGGUGCUGGAGUUUGACGAUGAGGAGGACGAUCUGGAGGUGUUCAGCAAGGAUGCAUCACUGGCUGAGGCAAACUCAUUCAGUCCUUCAAUGCCAAUAUCCCCCUCAUCUAUGAUAAACCAGUAUAAAUUUGAAGAUGAACCAGAAUUAAGAGAUCUCUUCAUUACAGUCGAUGAUCCUGAAAGCCAUGUUACAGCCAUUGAAACAUUUAUUACGUACAGAGUAGUCACAAAGACAUCUCGCUCUGAGUUUGACUCCAGUGAAUAUGAAGUUCGAAGACGGUAUCAGGAUUUCCUUUGGCUGAAGAGCAAACUGGAAGAAGCACAUCCAACAUUGAUUAUUCCUCCAUUGCCUGAAAAAUUCAUAAUGAAAGGAAUGGUGGAACGAUUUAGUGAUGAAUUCAUUGAGACUCGAAGAAAAGCUUUACAUAAAUUUUUGAACCGCAUUGCUGAUCAUCCAACUCUAACUUUUAAUGAAGACUUCAAAAUUUUUCUUACUGCACAGGCUUGGGAACUUUCAUCACACAAGAAGCAGGGUCCUGGUUUGCUGAGCAGAAUGGGACAAACCGUAAGAGCUGUAGCAUCCUCAGUAAGAGGAGGAGUUAAAAAUCGACCUGAAAUGUUUACAGAAAUGAAUGAUUAUAUGGAAACAUUUAGUCAGAAAAUAAAUGUAUUGGACAAAAUAGCUCACAGAAUUUACAAGGAAGAAAGGGAGUAUUUUAAUGAAAUGAAGGAAUACGGCCCCAUCCACACACUUUGGUCAGCAUCAGAAGAAGAUAUAGCAGACUCCCUAAAAGGUGUUGCCAGCUGCAUUGACAAGUGUUGCAAGGCUACAGAGAAACGAAUGGCAGGGCUCUCGGAAAAUCUGCUGCCAAUUAUACAUGAAUAUGUUCUCUACAGUGAAAUACUGAUGGGUGUUUUGAAAAGAAGAGACCAAAUUCAAGGCGAGCUCGAUUCCAAAGUUGAUGCUUUAGCCAAUAGAAAGGCAGAAAAGGAUCUGAUCACAGAAGAAAUUGGGAAACUUGAAGACAAAGUAGAAUGUGCCAAUAAUGCUCUGAAAGCUGAUUGGGACAGAUGGAAGCAAAACAUGCAGUAUGAUAUGAGAUCAGCAUUCACAAAUGUGGCUGAGAAUAAUCUCCAUUAUUAUGAAGAGAAAUGCUUUUUGUUGAAUCACAAUUUUAAUCCAGAAUACCAAAGCUCAUGAUGAACAUGAAAUUAUGAUUGUAAGUCACAAACUGUAAAAGAUAAUUCAAUUAUUGCUGAUACCACAAAUGGUUCUUCUUACAUAGUCACUGAAAUAUUGGACAAAUUGAUCUAUACUAAGCCAUUAUUCUUUGUUUAUGUUUUUCUUGAAUAUUGACAUCUGAAUAAAAUGUUUUUGCUGUCGUAUCUCGAUAGAUCUAGAUUUUGGAAAAAUACCUUAUCUUACUGGAUUUUUUUGAGACCUGCAGUUAAAGCAGAUGGUUAAUUCUUGGAGGAGUGAUUGCUGACAGGGGCCCUUAUAUUACAAGCUAGAGGUGUUACGCUUCUGAAAACAGCAGAAAAAGAAGCACUGCCCAACCACUUCAGCUGUUUGGAAGUAAAAAUUCAGGAAAAGAAUCUCAGUAACCUGAGAAUCAGAAUGCCAUUUUUUACUUUCAGUAAAAAACAAAAUCCUACUUCAUUUUUAAAGAAAAUAGUUUGAAUUUCACUCUUCUAACUGAUGCAAAAGCACAGUGCCUACUGCACUACUUCAUUUACAGUGUUUUUCACCUGCUUAAGUCAUUACUGCAUCAUUACCUUUCUCUCACAUGUCCAAAGUUAAAUGACUCUUUCAUGCUUUUGGUGCACCAUUUGAUGCUUACAAGCCUACUCUUGCUUUAACAUCCUUCAUCUUAUUUCCUGCAUUUCUUUUCCCUACUAACUCAUUCACACAAGGAGACCUGGAUUUCAAAGCACAUUCUGUCCACGCUCCCAGGCACCAUGAACGCCAUUGAUAUGGUUCAAUUGACCAGCUCUUCUGUCUGUCUGUCUCUGAAGAGUCAUCUCCUGCUUUCUAACUCAGUCACUAGACUUGCUUAUCCUUCUUUCCACAGCUUUUUUUCCCCCAGUUAAACUCCUGUUCACGUCUCUUCACCUGCAGUGCCUCCUUCCCUUCUCUACAGUAGUGCUUCUCUGUGUUCCUCGUUAUUUCCCAGUCUUGCUGACUUCUUCAUUUCCCAGGCACACAACCUAACCAGGAACCAUUCCUGCUAAUGGCCAUGCUCUGCAUCCCUUAAACUUUUGAGAACUCUAGAGCAAUGGGAAACAGACAUGUUUUCUGGUGACUUUUGCUUUAGAGAAUCCAAUCCUUCAAAAUCGUACAGUUUAUAUAAAAUGAAAGCUGAGCUGAUCAAGUACAACAAAGCAGUGUGCCAAGGUACACCAGAAUUUCUAAAAUGUUAUUGCUUCUUUGUUAAAAUAUGGGGAAGGAGUAUGACCUUAUACUUGUUCAGAUUUUUCCUUAAUUUAGUUGCCUAAGGAUUCUGCUGUCAACUUGUCAAGCAUCACUUAGCUAGCAUAAAAGAGUAUGUCUCCCCUAAGCUGAACUAAUGUUCACAUUAUAUCAAGUGCUACUUUAAAGCAUUACUUGGAAUUACAUUUCUCUGCAUGCAGUAAUUCAAAGUAAGUAGAGAUAUUUCAGUGGUUUUCCAGUUUACUGACUGUUUAUAUUUAAUGUAAUUGAACAAGAGGUAUUUCUUUGUUUCUGCACCUGUGGAAUCACCAGUCUCCUGUGUCUCUCAAUGUUCUUGUAACAGAGACACUAUAUAAUGCUGAGCAUUGUAAAUUUACAGGGUGCUCCUAUACAGACCCAUGAGAAUGAAAGCUUUCCAGUGAUAAUGUGCAAGCUAUGUUAUAAAAUUUAAAUACAAUGUCAUUUAGUAGCCAAGUAUUACCAUGACUGACCAAUCACUUGCUGUUGCUAUAGUAGAUCUCAAGAGUCCAUAAAGUCCUCAUUUCAGAAAAGAGUUGAAUACAUGCUUAAGUCUCUCUAUAUUCCACAAAGGCUUAAAGCCAAUAAUUUAUUAUAUCCAUAAUGAUUUUAAGUGCAUUGCUAAAAUAGAGAGGAUUUCCUUAAGUAAUGUGAAAAAACUUUAAUUUAAAAAAAUCAGAACUUUACUCCUGUUUCCAAAGUAUGUUAAAUAACAUCCAUUUGUUUGCCUUAUUCAUAGACAAAAGUUCUUGAAUGAAGUACAUGUUAAUGCCAUACUGAUUAUUUUAUUCCCUUUUCCCUGUGCUUUAGGUGUGAUACUGUUGUCUGAGGUAGCACACCUCUUAGUUCAGAACAGAUGAUAUCUUCUAAACGGCUGAAAUCACAAACUGUCCACAGGGUGGAGUUUACAGCUGAGAAAGAGUUGAUUAUGGCCAGAAGUAUUUUUAUCAAGUUAGAUAUAGAUAUUCUGCAGAGGCCUAAAGAUACAUCAUUAGUAAAAAUAAAACAAGAUACAAAGUCAUUAUUCAA